AUGGAGAGGUACGAGAGACACUGGAAGCAUCCAAGGGGAUAUGGAGAGGUACGAGAGACACUGGAAGCAUCCAAUGGAGGGCUGGCAGACUGGAAAAAUGCCUUUUUGGACUCUUUCAGAGAAAAGCGCAGCGAAAGCAUCUUAAAAAAAAGUCAGAGUGUUACCCCAGCAGCGCAAGGAAGAGACAACAAGGGCCUCAAGUAUAAAGGAUACGAGGUGGAGCGAGUCUUCCGUGUAGAGCAUGCGGGGCUGUGGUCGGCGUAUGCUCUAGAGCGAAGAUCUAUAGGUCAGCUCAUGUUGCAGCAGGGGAAUCGACACCCUAAGACCAAGGUCAGCACCUGGAGAGACUGGAUGAAGAGCUCGUUGCUACAGGACAAGACGAGCAACGAGGUGUUUCUGUUCCACGGGACCAAGCACGACAUGGCGGAAGCUAUCUUGAAGUCCGGGCUCGACGAGCGGGUCUGCAGCCUAGAAGGCUUGUUCGGAGCUGGGGUCUACCUAGCGGAGAACUCCAGCAAGAGCGACGAGUACUGCACGCCCGACAGCCGCGGGAUCUGCCGCAUGCUGCUCGUGCGAGCCUGUGGCGCUAGGAACGCCGUACGAGGCCCUGCAAACCAUGAGGAGAGCUCGACGACCACCAGCCAUGCCGGGCAGCAGCCGGCUGCAUGA